AAUGACUCCACCAGGAGGUGCUUCCCCACAUGUCCGGCCUGAUCCGUGACACCGUGGGCUACUUUGUGGCCAGCGGCCCCGGGAGAGCGACACGUUCAUCCAGAAGCUGGAGGAAGCGCAGUUUGUGUGCGUGAGACGACUCCGACUGCCAUGAGAGGGAGGCGGCGACGGCGAACGCUUGACACAUCAGUGUUGACAAAACGAGUCAUGUGACGGUGGUGAAGAUGGCGCAGCUUAUGGUAUAUCGCAGUUUCCUCGGCAUUUCCUUGCGCCAGCUCAGUGGUUCGGACUGGUGAGUGGCGUUCCGGCCCAUUCAGCGUCGCGUGGAUCAGCUGGAGCUGCGCGCGACGGGGGGAGGGAGGGGACGACGCGGAAACAAAGACGGUAAAGAAAUAAGCUUCGAGGAACAGAAAUCUCUCCGUUGGGCUCGAAGUGCGGCUGCAACAACACCUUUUGUGGCGACCAGAAGCCGCUCACCGGGAGCGCGCGUGCGUGCGAGCGUGCGCGCCUGCGUGCGCGCCUGUGCGUGCGCUAGGUGGACACGGAGACUGCAUCAGACUGGAGACACACGCUGGGACAUAAUAGAGCGCAGAUACAGGCUUCGAUGGCCCUUCCUCCCCCUUUGCACACACGCCAACGUCAGGACACCGAUUCCGGUCGAGACAUGUAGUCCUGAGCGCGAGCAGCGGGACCAUCCAGCCUCCAGCCGUUCUUUCAGCGGCGUCGUCUCAGCGCAUCGACAUAAUGUGGCUCUGUCUACCGGAGGGGAAAUAAGCCAAUAUGUGGAUACCUACAGAGGAGGAGAAAAUCGGAGUUGUGAUCUGCAACUUCCGGUCAUCAAUAUGUCAGGCCCUGGUCCUGGAGAUCGGGGAAACUGUACAAAUACUGGAGAAGAGUGAAGGUUGGUACCGAGGCUUUUCCACCAAGAAGCCUUCAAUCAAGGGUAUUUUCCCAGUCAGCUAUGUCCACCUGAAGAAGUCCACAGUGACCAACAGAGGGCUGUGUGAGACCGUGGUGCCCCUCGAGGACCCUAUUAUCACCGAGACCACCUCCACCCUGCAGGAAUGGGGCGUCCUGUGGAAGCAGCUCUAUGUGAAACACAAGGUGGACCUGUUCCAUAAGCUGCGCCACGUGAUGAACGAGCUCAUCGACCUGCGCCGGCAGCUCAUCCAGGGUCACCUCGCCCAGGACCAGACCCGCGAGAUCAAGCGGCACAUCACCGUGCGCCUCGACUGGGGCAACGAGCACCUCGGCUUGGACCUCGUUCCCAGAAAAGAGUUUGAGAUGGUGGAGCCCGACCAGAUCAGCGUUUCGGAGCUGUACAAAUUGCACGUUUCCAGCAGACACUGCGGUCAGCAAAGCACAAACCAGGGUGACAGCGUACGUCAGCGCCAUGGCGACGGCUGCCGUGUACCCGUGUCGCACCACCUCUUCAUCAACUUGAAGAGCUUCACCUACAACAGCAUCAGCGAGGAUGCGGACGUCUUCUUCUCUUUGUACGACACGCGCGAGGCCAAGCAGAUCAGCGAGAAGUUUAUGGUGAAACUGAACAAAAACGGCGGCCCGAAGAACCCGGAGAAGGUGGAUCGCCUGUGCGCUCUCUUCACGGACCUGAGCAGCAAAGACCUAAAGAGAGACCUGUACAUUGUCGCACACGUCGUCCGAACCGGUCGCAUGCUGCUCAAUGACUCGAAGAAGGGCCCUCCUCACGUGCAGUACAGACGGCCGUACGGCUGCGCUGUUCUUGCCAUGAGCGAUGUCUUUCACACCAUAACUGACCUCAAGGAGGAGAAGGACUUUGUGCUCAAAGUUUAUACAUGUAACAACGAGAACGAGUGGUACCAGGUUCACGAGAACAUCAUCCGCAAGUCCAACACCAAGUACUCCGCUCCCAGCACCAACUAUGGCCUCAUCAUCUCCCUGCAGCUGCUGCGCGGCGACCUGGAGCAGAUCCGGCGAGAGAACCAGGCUGUGUUCAACCGGGCCCUGGCGCUCACACGCAAACUGGGCUUCCCAGAUGUCAUCCUGCCAGGUGACACGCGCAACGACCUGUAUCUGACCCUGGAGCGCGGCGAGUUCGAGCGCGGAGGCAAAAGCGUCCAGAAGAACAUCGACGUGACGCUGUACGUGCUCUACGCCGACGGGGACACGCUGAAGGACUGCAUCAGUUUGGGCAGCGGGGAGCCCAACGCCAGCGACUACCACUCCUUCGUCCUGUACCACAACAACAGCCCCCGCUGGAGCGAGAUGGUCAAGCUGUCCAUCCCCAUAGACCGCUUCCGAGGGUCCCACCUCCGCUUCGAGUUCCGCCACUGCUCCACUAAGGACAAAGGAGAGAAGAAGCUGUUUGGUUUCGCCUUCACCCCCCUGAUGAGAGAAGAUGGGACCACGCUGUCAGACGAGAACCACGAGCUCUAUGUGUACAAGUGCGAUGAGAACGCCACCUUCAGUAACCAGGGCCUCUACCUGAGCCUGCCCUGCUGCAAGGAGGACUUCAACAGCUGCCCCAACCUGCCCGCCAACCUGCCUUUCCAGAGGAGCCCCAAGGAGACCUUCUGGGUGUCCACCAUCCUCUGCUCCACCAAGCUCACGCAGAACGUGGACCUUCUGGCUCUGCUCAACUGGAAAGCGCAUCCGGACAGAGUGUUGGACAUCCUCGGUCGACUGCGUCAAAUCAGCGGAGAGGAGAUCGUCAAGUUCUUGCGAGAUGUCCUGGACACGCUCUUCUGCCUUUUAGACGACAACACUGAUAAAUACGGGCCGCUGGUGUUCCAGUCGCUGGUGUUCAUCAUCAACCUGCUCAGGGACAGUCGCUUCUACCACUUCAGGCCGGUGAUGGACUCCUACAUCCAGAACCACUUCGCUGGAGCUUUGGCCUAUAAGGAGUUGAUUCGGUGUCUGAAGUGGUACAUGGACCGCUCGGCCGAGGUCGUCCGACAGGACCACAUCCAGGAAGCCAUGAGGGCGCUGGAGUACCUGUUCAAGUUCAUCGUCCAGUCUCGCAUCCUGUACUCGAGAGCCACCUGUGGGAUGGAGGAGGAGCAGUUCCGAGCCAGCAUCCAGGAGCUCUUCCAGUCCAUCCGCUUCGUGCUGAGCCUGGACGGCCGUAGCUCCGAGAACCUGGUCUUCACGCAGGCCACGCUGCUGAAUAGCUUCCCAGAUAUCUUUGAUGAGCUGCUGCAGAUGUUCACUGUGCAGGAGGUCGCUGAAUAUGUGCGAGGCACCCUGGGGAGCAUGCCCAGCACGGUGGACAUCGGCCAGUCCAUGGACGUGGUCAAGCUGCAGUCCAUCGCUCGCACAGUGGAGAGCCGCCUCUUCUUCUUCCCCGAGUCGCGAAGCAUUUUGCUGCCGGUGGUUCUGCACCACAUCCAUCUACACCUGCGCCAGCAGAGGGAGCUGCUCAUCUGCUCUGGGAUUCUUGGAAGCAUCUUUUCCAUCAUUAAGACCAGCUCGAUGGAGUCUUCUGUUCAGGAGGAGGUGGAGAUGAUGGUGGAGAGUCUUCUGGACGUGUUACUGCAGACUCUGCUCUCCAUCAUGAGCAAGUCUCACUCUGUGGAGACGUCCAGAGGGCAGCGCUGUCCCCAGUGCACCGCUGAGAUAACGGGGGAGUAUGUCUCCUGCCUCCUGUCUUUGCUCCAGCAGAUGACAGAACUCCACUUUCAUCAUCUGCUCAACAAUUUUCAUAGCAAAGAGGAGCUGAAGGAGUUCUUGUUGAAGAUCUUCUGUGUGUUUCGCAAUCUGAUGAAACUGACUAUCUUCCCCCGAGACUGGAGCGUCAUGAGGCUCCUAACCAGUCACAUCAUCGUCGUGACAACGCAGUUUCUGUCUCCAGCUCUGCACAAGAACUUCUCCGAGGCAGAUUUCGAUUUCAAGGUGUGGAACUCCUUCUUCAGCCUCACCGUGCUUUACAUCAACCAGCCCAGUCUGCAGCUGGAGGCGCUCGGCCCGGCCAAGAGAAAGAAGGUCCUUGACAAGCAUGGAGAUCUGAGGGUGAUGAUGGCGUACGAGCUCUUCAGCAUGUGGCAGAAACUCGGCGACAACAAGCCUCACUUCAUCCCAGGAAUGAUCGGGCCGUUCCUGGGAGUCACGCUGGUGCCGCAGACAGAGGUUCGAAAUAUCAUGAUCCCUAUUUUCCACGACAUGAUGGAUUGGGAGCAGCGGAAGAACGGCAACUUCAAACAGGUGGAGGCAGAGCUGAUGGAUAAGCUGGACAGCAUGGUGUCGGACGGGAAAGGCGACGAUAAUCACAGGGAGCUCUUCAGCCUCUUGACGCAGCUCUUCGGUCCUUAUCCAAGCCUCCUGGAGAAGAUCGAGCAGGAGACGUGGAGAGAGACGGGAAUCUCAUUUGUCACGUCUGUCACAAGGCUUGUUGAGCGACUGCUGGAUUAUAGGGACUGCAUGAAAGGAGACGAAAUGGAGAACAAGAAAAUCGGCGGUUCCGUCAACCUCAUGAACUUCUACAAAUCAGAAGUGAACAAGGAAGACAUGUACAUCCGCUACAUCCAUAAGCUGUGUGACCUCCACCUCCAAGCAGAGGACUUCACAGAGGCGGCGUUUACCCUGCUGCUGUACUGGGAGCUCUUACAAUGGGAGGACCGGCCCCUGAGGGACUUUCUCCACUACCCGUGUCAGAGCGAGUGGCAACGCAAAGAGAACCUGAGCCGUAAAAUCCUGCACUACUUCAACAAGGGCAAGUGCUGGGAAUAUGGAAUCUCUCUGUGCCGGGAGCUGGCUUUCCAGUAUGAGACCCUGUAUGAUUACCAGAGCCUCAGCUGGAUCCGGAAAAUGGAGGCAGCAUAUUAUGACAACAUCAUUGAACAGCAGAGGAUUGAACCUGAGUUCUUCAGAAUGGGCUUCUAUGGCAGGAAGUUUCCUUUCUUUCUGAGGAAUAAGGAGUUCGUCUGUCGCGGUUACGACUACGAACGACUCGAGGACUUUCAGCAAAGGAUGCUGGGGGAAUUUCCACAGGCCAUUGCCAUGCAGCAUCCGAACCAGCCAGAUGACACCAUCCUGCAGAGCGACGCUCAGUAUUUGCAGAUCUAUGCGGUGACUCCAGUGUCAGACAUCUCCGACGUGCCGCAGCUGGAGCGUGUACCUGAGAGGAUCAAGAGCUUCUACCGUAUAAACAACGUCAGCCGUUUCCACUAUGACAGGCCUUUUCACAAGGGGCCCAAGGAUCGUGAGAAUGAAUUCAGGAGUCUGUGGAUCGAGAGAACAACACUGAUACUCUCCCGUCCUCUGCCUGGGAUCUCCCGCUGGGCCGAGGUGGAGAGGCGAGAAGUGGUGGAGGUGAGCCCUCUGGAAAAUGCAAUCUAUGUGGUAGACAACAAGACCCAGGAACUACGGACCCUCAUCAGCCAGUACCAGCACAGACAGCAUCAUGGCAACAUAAACCCACUCAGCAUGUGCCUCAAUGGGGUCAUAGAUGCUGCUGUGAACGGAGGCAUCGCCAGAUAUCAGGAGGCCUUCUUUGACAAGGACUACAUCAGCAGUCACCCAGAGGACACAGAGAGGAUCACACACCUCAAGGAUCUGAUGCAGGAGCAGGUCCACAUUCUGGGAGUGGGCCUGGCUGUUCACGAGAAGCUGGUGCAUCCGGAGAUGCGUCCCCUUCACAAAAAGCUAGUGGACCAGUUCCACAUGAUGAGGACGGGCUUACACCACGGGGUUCCUGGCGUGGAUCGGUUCGCUCCUGCCGGCUGCACAACGGUCAACUCUCCCAGAGGCGUCCUCUCCAACCACAGCCACAUGAGCCCCGAGAGCGUUCGGCUCAUACACAGACACAGCCCUCUGAACCUGCAGGGUUCGAUCCGCCACUCGUCCUCGUCUCUGUCCUCUCACACAUCAAGCGAGGCAGGAAACCUUGUGAUAAUGACCGACGGGCUGAUAGGGGAGCACCCUGAAGAGGCUUUACACAUGCAGCCGAGUCCCUCCUCGUCCAGCCUCAGUUCAAUUCGCUCUAACUCCUCCCAGAUUAUAAACUCUGCUCCCUCGAGUGCCAGGGGCUCUCCAUCGUUGCCUGAUAAAGCCAAACACAACCGGGAAAUGAUGAUAUUGUUGCCUUCUCAUCGUGAGAGAGCCAACAACACCAUGUACUACAACCUGGCAGAAAACGGACAGAACAACCACAUGCAGCGUGCCUUACUUCAGCAAGUUAGUCCCUGCAAGCCGUGCACUGAUCCCCACGCAAGUCUACCAGAGAAAGUCUUUCCCAAUGCUCCCAGCAGCUGGAGUCUGGAUGGAGAGAACAGGGAGCAGGUGUCCUACAUGCCAGCCUCUGCUGGAGGCGUGAUGAUGCCCCCCGUCCCACCCCGGUCCUUUCCACCAGGUCAUUUUCUGAUGCACUGUGACACGUUUCACCACCAGAACAGCGACCCCCCCCCCGCCCUGCCUGUCCGAUCCCUCCGAAAGUCUCCCCUCCACCCCAUCCCCGGCUCCCCCACCAGUCCUCAGUCAGCUUUGGGGGGCAGUAACUCCACCCUGUCAGGCAGCGCCAGCAGCGGAGUUUCCUCCCUGAGUGAGAGCAACUUUGGGGGCCAGUACCCAGAACCGGGCCCCAUCAGGAACGAUGCCCUGGAGCCUCUGCCCAGCCACCUGUGGUCGCCUCCUGACGAGUACCUGGCCUCUCCAUACCUGCACAUCCACUACGGCGGUCCGGAGAUCGACUCAAUGGACCCGGUCCGCCCCUUCCAUUACCGCAGCCCCGCCUCCCACCCACACACCCACCUGCACCCUCACGCUCACGCCCACUCCGGGCUGGACAGCCACACCCACGGGCCCCCGCCUCACCACCACCCCCCCGCCCACGGCCCUCACCACAUCCCCUACCGCCGGCCCCAGCCUCCGGCCGUGCCGCCUAAACCUUACCUGAGGGAGGGCUGCAUCCCCGAGGAGGACCUGUCUCCCCAGCCCAUCCCGCUGCCCCGCAGGAUCUUCCACUCCCCCCACGGCCACAGAGACGAGCAGGGAAAACACGCCUGGGAGCAAUGCAUCAGCGAGGAGCACGAGGAGGCGCAGUGAAGAGAAGGCUGCGCGUCAUUUACAGCUUUUGUCUCCUUGUCUUCUUUUGUUCAUGUUCACUGAAUUAAAGGAGCAGUAGUAGAAAGAGGCGGAUGUAAAGCAAUUACUGUGGUGUGUUCACUUGACCCUUCUUGCUCUGUGUUUUAAUUUCAGUGCACAUGAGAGAAAGAAAAGAAGGAGAAGAGUCCACAGUCUGAGCACAACUGCCACUGCUGGUCUCUUAUUAAAAGAAAAUGAUCUGUGGAGAAGCAAGAGAUUAACUUUAUUCCAAAAUUGAUAUUGAUUGUACUCAAUUGUACAACUCGUCUGUGAGCAUGUUUUUUCAUUUGAGAAUAAUAAGACAAUAGUUUUGUGAAAUAUGACAACCGUGAUCAUGACCAACAUGAUCCCGGGUGCAGUAUAAGCUCCGAGCCCUUAAUUUAGCUUUUCAUGUCAUUGUCACAACACGAGGCAACUAAGGAAGCGUAUUACUCAUAGUCAAGUGACUUCUCUGCUUUAAAGCUUCAUAUAUAUAUAUAUAUAUAUAUAUAUAUAUAUAUAUAUAUAUAUAUAUAUAUAUAUAUAUAUAUAUAUAUAUAUUUUAUAUAACCUUGCUACACCAUAUUUCAAAGGCUUAUGUCGGUUCUGUUUUUCAAACACUGUUAAGUGCUCCUUAAUAGUGAAUCAUAUCAAACUGCGCACUCUGAUAUGUGUUGCUACUGGGCUUUCAUUAACUGCCGGUGUUUGAACCCGCAGCUCUUCUCUUCUACCGGCGUCUCAAGGGACACGAACUUGGCCAUUUUCCAUCCGUACCGCGAGUAUGGAGACUUACGUGAAUGUAUUUAGAUGAGAUGUUCUAUUUGUAAUGCACAAGCUGCCAUCCUUGGUUUUGUUCAAGUGCUUUAAGUUCAGUCCGCGUGGAGUCUCCCUUCGUCUCCUUCGUGUAUGUGGAGAGGAGUGGGAGCGUUUGCAGACUGAGGGUGAGGACGGUGACAGACGCCUGUCAUGUUACACCAUCACAGACACCACCACCGCUCUCCACAACCCCCCCCCCCCCCCCCCCGUGGUUGUCAGACUCUGUGAAGCAGUGAGGGCUGAACCUGGACGGCUGCAGUGGCUCUGGUUCUGAUGACACUGUCUCGACCCCGGCCCGCUGAGUGGCCGAUGGAGGAGCCCACUCAGACGGCGGUGGAAUCGCCUACCUGCCUUAAGUGCACUCAAAUGCAGUUUGACCUCUCACUCGGACUGUGAGAAGCUCGUUUAGCGGCAGCCGCUCUCCUUUUCAUUCUGUUCACUAUACGCUUCCUGGUGGGGAAAAUAUCUACCUAGUGGUGUUUUUGUAUGGUUUUGUCCAGCUUUGGUUUCGGGUUGUUGUUUGGUUCGUAGCGCUAAUAUUUCUUACUCUGCCUGCGCUCUUUCUCAAUCACCUUCUGUUGUGUGAAAACUGAGGAUGGAGAGAUGGAGGUCGACUUGGAGGAGCGGAACAACAGCGCUGUUCACCGUGGUGUAGUUGGGUUGGAAGGAUAUAGCUAAUAUUUUCACAAGUACUCGUUUUCCUGGUUGUUUUCCUGCAGGUGGAUGCUUUUGUGUUACUGUACAUCAAGUUGUCAGCUGACUAGACAACAUCUAUUUUUGUAUGUGAGAUCAUCAGUUGUGUGAACAUGUUUCCGGUACCGUACAGAGACAGGAGGCCCAGGUCCUGCAUAGGCUGCUGUUCUUUGUAUGGCGAUGAGCCUGAGGUCGGACAUAGACCGUAUGUGAGUAUCUCUGUGAGCUUGAUGGCAUUAAUGAUAACUGGUGACUGAAGUGAUGCUCAAAACAUAGGUACAAUAGAAUUUUUCAAUGUAAAUUCUGUUAUUGUACAUACAGCAGUAUUGUGAAAUAUUUUUGAGAAUUAUUGAAGACGCCCCAAAAGGUUUAUCAUUGUUUUGUGUAUAUACAUGUACUCCAGAGAUCAAUGUAAUUGAUAAAUAUCUAUAAUCAGUGUUUGGACAAGGACAAAUCCAUUAGACUGUGGCUGUUUCCACCGUUCUUGACUUAUGAGUCUUCUCAUAUAAAUACUUUAUACACUUUUCAAUGUGCUUUCCUGUACAUAUGGUGUUAGCAUGAUCAAACAGUGUUUGGUUGUAAAAGUGGUUUUCCUACUCCCAUAACUGCUGUGGUAUGGAAUUCAUUGAUGAUGCCAAACAUUAAAGACAAUCUUUUAUCAGCUGUAA